AUGUCUUCAAAAUACAUCGGGCAAGAGGACAUGAAGAAACCUUGCAGACAACAAUUAUUCGCGCCAGUAACUCAGACGCGACAUUAUUCAUCGCCCGUCAUAAUCAACUCUCUCAUUCAACACAACAACUGCAACAUUGUUGACAACAAUUCUUGCAACUUCAACAACAUUAACAGUUUUUUAUAUUACCUACACGGUAACAAACCCUACAAUAAUGAUUAUACCGACAAAAAUUUUGAUACUUUCAGCAUAAGAAGUGCAAAUAGUAGCUACAGUAGCAGCAGUAGCAGCAGUAGUAGCAGCAGGAAGAGUUGCAGCAGCAGUUGUAGUAGUGGUGAAAGUAGUAAAAAAAGCGUUGAGUGCGUACAUAACAAUGAUCACAGAUAUUUUAAAAACAUCUCAAAUAAGAAAGAGCGAGCAAAGAAAAAAUCGAAAAAAUAUGAUAAGAAUGUGAAAGUUGAAAUGAUGAAAAACCGGCAUUCAAGUUUUCAAAACAUUCUGUCCGUUUUGAAAGUAAAAAAAUUAUCACUGCCAACAACUUCCGCAACAAAAAUAACUUCAACAAUGUCGUCGCAACAAAUUUUUCACAAAAAUGUUGAAGAACUUUCGAUUCAGAAUCAAACAACGAAAAAAAAUUCAGUAGAACAUGAAGAAGAACAAUCCCAGACACGUUCUAGAUCUUUCUCUCACGAGAUUAAAACUAUACCCACUUCAUUAAAUAAGUCGGAGCGACGCAGAAGCGAGAUGGUUAUUCCGAAAAACUGCAUUCUGAACACCAUAAAACACACGUACAGUAAUUUCAACGAGAACCUUUUUGACGCAUUUUCGCACAAUAAUUCGAAAAAUGAUUUUAACAUGAAAAGCGAGUUUUACCAAAAGAAUAACGUAUUAAAGAUGUCUUCCAAAACAACAGCUCCUGCAUCGGCUUCAACAACUAACAAUGCCUUAUCCAAGUUCUCCAAAAAGUCUUCAUCCACAUUUCUGACGAAGCCUCGAUCAACCAUCCCGAUCCUGAUCGGGAUUAGAUACAGAACCAAGAGACAAAAGCCAUUUUUAAUCAUUAUCAUGUCUCCCAGCCAGCUCUCCACCCAUACAGUCUGCUGA